AUGGAUUCGAACAGAGCAGACUUCGAUAAUGUAGAAAGUAACGCGCAAGCCUCCGUUCACGGAGCAGCGUCAUCUAGUUCUAGGCCUGCAUUUGAGGGACGGGGAGGAGAGGUUAGAGAAGUCUUCUUUCAAAUGAUGAACGAGUGGUUCACAAAGUUUGUUAGAACAAAUCUGGCUGCUCAACGACCUCCACCCCCACCUAUUCCCCAACCAGUUCUCAUAGUUCCUCAAGUACUGAAAGAGCAGAUUACAUGGGAAUUCUUUCAAAUCGAGUUUAUAAAGAAAUAUAUAAGUCAAAGGUUCCUCGAUCAGAAGCGCAAAGAAUUUCUUGAGCUUAAACAAGGUCGUAUGACAGUAUCUAAAUAUGAAAGAGAGUUCGUCAGAUUGACUAAGUACACCCGAGAAUAUAUUCCAACCAAAAUUGCUAUGUGUAAACGGUUUGAAGACGGGUUGAAUGAAGAUAUAAAGCUUUUAGUUAGAAUUCUCGAGCUGAAAGAAUUUGUUGUUUUGGUUGAUAGAGCACACAAAGCCGAGGAGCUCAGUAAAGAGAAAAUAAAAGAUGAUUCGGCAGCUAGAGAUUCAAGAAAGAGAUCAACUGGAAAAUUGUAUCAUUCAUCGUCAAAGAGAUCGAAGGAUUACCAUAAUCGUUCAACCGCUUUAGUGGGAUAUCUUAGCAGAGAUCGUGGUAAGCAACACGUAUGUUCUAAAGCUCAAGCUACAUCAGUAGCAAGCGUUGGUAGUGCUAAGGCCAACAAACCUAAUUGUCAACGAUGUGGGUGA